CCUUCAGGAAUGAGUCCCUUAAAGUAGGCUUCCCUGACUCCUACCUGAGAUUUCUUUGUAACAUGUCAUAUCACCGCAUGUUUCUUUCAUAGCAGUCAUCACUCAAGCUGUUUGUAAGCUCUGUGCAAGCAAGACUGUGAGUCGGUACUGUUCCUGGCUGUGUCGCCUCACUGAGUUUGUGGCACACACUGAGGAGUCAGGUAUUUAUAAACUGAAAGAACAAAUGUUGGAUGAAGACAAAAUUGAAAGGAUCAAACCAGGUUGAAAAAAAUGCAAGAGAGCAGUUAGCACAGAGUGCUGUCAUCUGGAAGCAAUGGGUUUAAAACCCUUAACCUACCCAUUUCCAGAGACGAGAUUUCUUCAUGUGGGUCCCAGUGUGUAUAAAUUCAAAAUCAGAUAUGGAAACAGUAUCAGAGGCACAGUGACAGACGACAAGGACGGCGUCCCGCAGGAGCUGGAGGAUUCUAUCCGUGUGGUCCUGGGAAACAUGGACAACCUGCAGCCUUUUGCUACGGAACACUUCAUUGUAUUUCCCUACAAAAGCGAGUGGGAAAGAGUUUCCCACCUGAAAUUCAAGCAUGGGGAAACCGUGCUGAUCCCUUACCCAUUUGUUUUCACACUCUACUUGGAGAUGAAGCAGUUUCAUGAACACCUGUCACCUGGGAGAGCAGGACAGGACAGUUCUCCUGGGACGGUCCUCACUGAAAAGACAUCACCAGUAGCCACUGUAAGGAAACGGAAAUGCAUGGAGGAGCCCAACUGCAGCCCCAGCCCAGGGCUGGCCAGACCCAAGAUGGGGACUUCGGGUCCCAGCCUCAGCAGAAAGAAGCCCCCUGUGACAAUCAGAAGGAACAAACAAAGAAAAACUCAGCAGGAAUGGCAGGAGACCUUGGCUGUUGAUUCCACUCAUGUCCAGGAAGAGGAUUCCAAGUGGGGACACAGUCCUGCAGAACCAGGUGCCACUCCACCGCAGCAGAACAACCUACCCCCCAAGGAGACGGGCAGCAGGGGCUUCUUAGAGUUUCUAAGCUCUCUCUUCCCGUUCCAGUACUUCUUCAGGAGGAACAGCCAGUGAACCCCCCAAAGUGGCACUGCCAGGACCACCUGGCACAGCACCGCCUGCUCUGUGUCCUCAGCCUGUGAGGCCUCAACCUUGGGCAGAGCAGAGCCCCAACUAGCUGACACCCCCCCAGGAGGGUUCUCCUGUCCUCUCCACCUUAUAGUUGAAUGUUUUUGUCCCAAUUUAAUUUUUUCAAUUAAA